CUCCAGUCCAUAAUGGAACCAUCGCUUCAGCGGUUUAAAAUGCCUUUAAAAAUUAAAAUGCCUCCUGCUUUUCCUUUAAAAUGCCUCCUGCUUUUCUCCGGUUGACAUAUCCGCUUGUUCCCCGCGCUCAAGCGAGAACCGUCUUCUUCAGCAAAAUGUCUAAAGCACCUUCCAACACUAGCCCAGAUUCUCGGAGAAAUCAUAGUGGGGAUACUGCACUGGAUGCUCGGGUAUAUAUCAGGAGAAAAAAAGCCAGGAAAGCAGUGGAAGUUUCUGCCGAAGUUCCUGAGAAAGAAUCUUCUGAUAAAAAAGUUAUUGUGCUUCCUGAUAUCGAGGAUUUUUCUUAUACAAGUGAGAACGUCCAUGUUCAGUCACGCAGUCCUUUACAUCAAUUACCUCUCUCAAGUGAACACAUGAUUCGGAAGGAAGUUCUGUCCUCAAUAAACCAAACAGUGCAACCACCUUCCAACUGGGAAAAAGUCCUUGAAGGAAUCCGCAAAAUGAGAUCUUUAGAAAAUGCUCCUGUGGACUCCAUGGGGUGUGAGAAAGCUGGGAGUUCUCUUCCUCCUAAGGAAAGAAGAUUUGCUGUCCUUGCAUCGUCACUUUUGUCCAGCCAAACCAAAGACAACAUUACCCAUGGAGCUAUCCAGCGUCUUCUUCAAAAUUGUUUGCUUACUGCAGAUGCUAUAGACAAAGCUGAUGAGGCCACCAUCAAAAGCCUUAUAUACCCCGUUGGUUUUUAUACGAGAAAGGCUAGCAACUUGAAGAAAAUUGCUAAAAUUUGCCUCUCAAAAUACGAUGGAGACAUCCCCACAACGUUGGAUGAGUUGAUUCUACUGCCAGGGAUUGGUCCUAAGAUGGCUCAUCUUGUUAUGAAUGUCGGAUGGAAUAAUGUUCAAGGGAUAUGUGUAGAUACUCAUGUACACCGUAUAUGUAAUCGCCUAGGAUGGGUGUCACGCACAGGGACAAAACAGAUUUUUACUUUUUGUAAUGUAGAAAACUAGGACUCCCGAGGAGACUAGGAAGUCCCUGCAGCUAUGGCUUCCCAAGGAAGAAUGGGAUCCAAUCAAUCCUCUUUUGGUGGGAUUUGGGCAGACUGUAUGUACACCUUUGAGGCCCCGCUGUGGAAUAUGCACCAUUAGUGACAUGUGUCCUGCUUUCAAAGAGACACAGGCCCUUUCACCCUCUUCCCGGAGGAAGAGGUCAUAAGACAUGUACAAAUUCUUGCUGGAGAGCUAUGUUUUCAGGCUUCCUUGUGCUGUCAGCAUUUUGGCAUUCCAAGAUGCCCUUUUGGGUGAUGUGUUUUUUUGUAUGUACACAAUAUAUCGCUAGCCUUUUUGUCCAGGCCGCAAAAACACUAAAUUGGACGCAAGGGUGAUAUCUAGAAUCUCAGAGUCGCAUUUGGCAUUGAUGAAUUGCAUGUGAUUAUGUGAUGAACAGUUUGAUAAUUUUGUUGGAAUAUUGAUGGCUUGAUGUAUUAAAAAAAUAUAGUAUGCUUGGUGUUAGAGUUUAUGAUUUAUAUUUAUUUAUAUUUAUUAUAGGAUGUGUCAGCCCCUGCGACAGCAUGAUGUACUUGAAAGUGAAAACAUGCAAGUGACAAUUUUAGUAAUGCCGUAAAAUAGUUUU